GCCAUCUUCUCGCUGAGGCCGCCUCGCCCGCCGCGCGCGCCCGUCCGGCAGCGCACGGGUUAAGGCUGGCACCGCGCCCGGCGGGAGGGGGGGCGCCCACCUCCCCUCCCCCCGCGCCGGGCAUGCGGGGCCCGCUGGGCACCGAGGAGGAGCUGCCGCGGCUGUUCGCGGACGAGAUGGAGAACGAGGACGAGAUGUCAGAAGAAGAAGAUGGUGGCCUUGAAGCCUUUGAUGACUUUUUCCCCGAGGAGCCUGUGAGCCUCCCCAAGAAGAAGAAACCCAAGAAGCUCAAGGAGAGCAGGUCCAAAGGGAAGAGGAAGAAGAAGGAGGGGAGCAAUGAUGAGCUGUCGGAAAAUGAAGAGGAUCUGGAAGAGAAGUCAGAGAGCGAGGGUAGUGACUACUCCCCGAAUAAAAAGAAGAAGAAAAAACUCAAGGACAAGAAAGAGAAAAAAGCCAAGCGAAAAAAGAAGGAUGACGAUGAGGAUGACAACGAUGAUGGAUGCCUCAAGGAGCCCAAGUCCUCAGGACAGCUCAUGGCCGAGUGGGGCCUGGACGACGUGGACUACCUGUUCUCGGAGGCCGACUACCACACGCUGACCAACUACAAGGCCUUCAGCCAGUUCCUCAGGCCGCUCAUCGCCAAGAAGAACCCGAAGAUCCCCAUGUCCAAGAUGAUGACCGUCCUGGGUGCCAAGUGGCGGGAGUUCAGUGCCAACAACCCCUUCAAGGGCAGCUCGGCGGCGGCUGCCGCGGCGGCCGUGGCCGCAGCCGUGGAGACGGUUACCAUCGCGCCUCCGCUGACCAUCAGCCCCCAGCAGGCACCGCAGCCAGUGCCCAUCCGCAAGGCCAAGACCAAGGAGGGCAAGGGGCCUGGAGUGAGGAAGAAGGUCAAGGGCUCCAAGGAUGCGAAGAAAAAGGGCAAAGGGAGAAAGGUGGCCGGGCUCAAAUUCCGCUUCGGAGGGGUCGGCAGCAAGAGGAAGAAGGGCUCCUCGAGCGAGGAGGAUGAGCGGGAGGAGUCGGACUUCGACAGCGCCAGCAUCCACAGCUCCUCCGUGCGCUCCGAGUGCUCUGCUGCCCUGGGGAAGAAGAGCAAGAGGAGACGCAAGAAGAAGAGAAUUGAUGAUGGUGAUGGCUACGAGACAGACCACCAGGACUACUGUGAGGUGUGCCAGCAGGGCGGGGAGAUCAUUCUGUGCGACACCUGCCCGAGGGCCUACCACCUCGUCUGCUUGGACCCAGAGCUGGAGAAAGCUCCGGAGGGCAAGUGGAGCUGUCCCCACUGUGAGAAGGAAGGGAUCCAGUGGGAGCCGAAGGACGACGACGACGAGGAGGAGGAGGGCGGCUGCGAGGAGGAGGAGGACGACCACAUGGAGUUCUGCCGCGUGUGCAAGGACGGCGGCGAGCUGCUCUGCUGCGACGCCUGCCCCUCCUCCUACCACCUGCACUGCCUCAACCCGCCGCUGCCCGAGAUCCCAAACGGUGAAUGGCUCUGCCCGCGCUGUACUUGUCCCCCCCUGAAGGGCAAAGUCCAGCGGAUCCUGCAUUGGAGGUGGACAGAGCCCCCGGCCCCCUUCAUGGUGGGGCUGCCGGGGCCCGACGUGGAGCCAGGCGUCCCCCCACCCAAGCCUCUGGAGGGCAUCCCAGAGAGAGAGUUCUUUGUCAAGUGGGCUGGGCUCUCCUACUGGCACUGCUCCUGGGUGAAGGAGCUACAGCUGGAGCUCUACCACACGGUCAUGUAUCGAAACUACCAAAGAAAGAACGACAUGGACGAGCCACCGCCCUUUGACUACGGCUCCGGGGACGAGGACAGCAAGAGCGAGAAGAGGAAGAACAAGGACCCGCUCUACGCCAAGAUGGAGGAGCGCUUCUACCGCUACGGCAUCAAGCCCGAGUGGAUGAUGGUCCAUCGGAUCCUGAACCACAGCUUCGACAAAAAGGGGGACGUGCACUACCUGAUCAAGUGGAAAGACCUGCCCUAUGACCAGUGCACCUGGGAGAUCGACGACAUUGACAUCCCCUACUACGACAGCCUGAAGCAGGCCUACUGGGGCCACAGGGAGCUGAUGCUGGGAGAGGACGCCAGGCUGCCCAAGAGGCUGGUCAAGAAGGGCAAGAAGCUGAGGGACGAUAAACAGGAGAAGCCCCCGGACACGCCCAUUGUGGAUCCCACGGUCAAGUUCGACAAGCAGCCGUGGUACAUCGACUCCACGGGCGGCACGCUGCACCCUUACCAGCUGGAGGGCCUUAACUGGUUGCGCUUCUCCUGGGCCCAGGGCACCGACACCAUCCUGGCUGACGAGAUGGGUCUGGGCAAGACCGUGCAGACCAUUGUUUUCCUGUACUCCCUGUACAAGGAGGGGCACUCCAAGGGGCCCUACCUGGUCAGUGCGCCCCUGUCCACCAUCAUCAACUGGGAACGUGAGUUCGAGAUGUGGGCGCCUGACUUCUACGUGGUCACCUACACGGGGGACAAGGAGAGCCGCUCCGUGAUCCGGGAGAACGAGUUUUCCUUCGAGGACAAUGCCAUUCGGAGCGGGAAGAAGGUGUUCCGCAUGAAGAAAGAAGUGCAGAUCAAGUUCCACGUCCUGCUCACCUCCUACGAGCUCAUCACCAUUGACCAGGCCAUCCUGGGCUCCAUCGAGUGGGCCUGCCUCGUGGUGGAUGAGGCCCACCGGCUCAAGAACAACCAGUCCAAGUUCUUUAGGGUCCUGAACAGCUACAAGAUCGAUUACAAGCUGCUGCUGACGGGGACCCCCCUUCAGAACAACCUGGAGGAGCUGUUCCAUCUUCUCAACUUCCUGACGCCGGAGAGGUUCAACAACCUGGAGGGCUUCCUGGAGGAGUUUGCCGACAUCUCCAAGGAAGACCAGAUCAAGAAGCUGCAUGACCUGCUGGGCCCGCACAUGCUGAGGCGGCUCAAGGCUGACGUGUUCAAGAACAUGCCGGCCAAGACGGAGCUGAUCGUCCGCGUGGAGCUGAGCCAGAUGCAGAAGAAGUACUACAAGUUCAUCCUCACGCGAAACUUCGAGGCGCUGAACUCCAAGGGGGGCGGGAACCAGGUGUCGCUGCUCAACAUCAUGAUGGACCUGAAGAAGUGUUGCAACCACCCCUACCUCUUCCCCGUGGCCGCUGUGGAGGCCCCCGUCCUGCCCAACGGCUCCUAUGAUGGCAGCUCGCUGGUCAAGUCUUCAGGGAAGCUGAUGCUGCUGCAGAAGAUGCUCAAGAAGCUGCGGGACGAAGGGCACCGUGUGCUCAUCUUCUCCCAGAUGACCAAGAUGCUGGACCUCUUGGAGGACUUCCUGGAGUACGAGGGCUACAAGUAUGAGCGGAUUGACGGCGGCAUCACUGGGGGCCUCCGGCAAGAGGCGAUUGACAGAUUCAACGCCCCUGGGGCCCAGCAGUUCUGCUUCCUCCUCUCCACCCGGGCAGGCGGCCUGGGCAUCAACCUGGCCACGGCAGACACGGUCAUCAUCUAUGACUCCGACUGGAACCCCCACAAUGACAUCCAGGCCUUCAGCCGCGCCCAUCGCAUCGGGCAGAACAAGAAGGUGAUGAUCUACCGCUUCGUGACGCGGGCCUCGGUGGAGGAGCGCAUCACGCAGGUGGCCAAACGCAAGAUGAUGCUCACGCACCUGGUGGUGCGGCCCGGCCUGGGCUCCAAGUCGGGCUCCAUGACCAAGCAGGAGCUGGACGACAUCCUCAAGUUCGGCACGGAGGAGCUCUUCAAGGACGACGUGGAGGGCAUGAUGUCUCAGGGCCAAAGGCCUGCCACGCCCAUCCCCGACGUCCAGUCCUCCAAAGGGGGUGCCCUGGCCGCCAGUGCAAAGAAAAAGCAUGGCAGCACUCCACCAGGUGACAACAAGGACGUGGAGGACAGCAGUGUGAUCCACUAUGACGACGCGGCCAUCUCCAAGCUGCUGGACCGGAACCAGGACGCUACGGACGACACGGAGCUGCAGAACAUGAAUGAAUACCUGAGUUCCUUCAAGGUGGCGCAAUACGUGGUGCGCGAGGAGGACGGCGUGGAGGAGGUGGAGCGGGAGAUCAUCAAACAGGAGGAGAAUGUGGACCCCGACUACUGGGAGAAGCUGUUGCGGCACCACUACGAGCAGCAGCAGGAGGACCUGGCCCGCAACCUGGGCAAGGGCAAGCGUAUCCGCAAGCAGGUCAACUACAACGACGCCUCCCAGGAGGACCAGGAGUGGCAGGAUGAGCUCUCAGACAACCAGUCAGAAUAUUCCAUCGGCUCCGAGGACGAGGACGAGGACUUUGAGGAGAGGCCGGAAGGGCAGAGCGGACGGCGACAAUCCAGGAGGCAGCUGAAGAGCGACAGGGACAAGCCUCUGCCCCCUCUUCUCGCCCGGGUCGGCGGCAACAUCGAGGUGCUGGGCUUCAACGCCAGGCAGCGGAAGGCCUUUCUCAAUGCCAUCAUGCGCUGGGGCAUGCCCCCCCAGGACGCCUUCAACUCCCACUGGCUGGUGCGGGACCUUCGUGGGAAGAGCGAGAAGGAGUUUAGAGCCUAUGUGUCCCUCUUCAUGCGGCACCUGUGUGAGCCGGGGGCUGACGGCGCGGAGACCUUUGCGGACGGCGUGCCCCGCGAGGGCCUCUCCAGGCAGCACGUGCUCACCCGCAUCGGGGUUAUGUCACUAGUUAGGAAGAAGGUUCAGGAGUUUGAACACGUCAACGGGAAGUAUAGCACUCCGGACUUGAUCCCCGAGGGCCCCGAGGGCAAGAAGCCAGGGGAGGUCAUCUCCUCGGACCCCAACACUCCAGUGCCUGCCAGCCCUGCCCACCUUCUGCCUGCCCCGCCGGGCCUGCCAGACAAACUGGAAGCCCAGCUGGGCUACAUGGAUGAGAAGGAGCCGGGGGUGCAGAAGCCGAAGAAGCCCCCGGAAAUCCAGGCCCUGGAUGGCGUGGAGGGCGAGGACAAACACGAGAGCUCUGACGGCAAGGAGAGGGCCCGCGAGGAGCGCCUGGAGGAGGCCGAGAAGGCCCAGCCCUCUCCGGAACAGCUGCCGAAAGAAGAAGUGCUUCCUGAGAAGGAGAAGAUCCUGGACAAGCUGGAGCUAAGCCUAAUUCACAGCAGAGGCGAUGGCAGUGAUUUCAGGCCAGAUGACACCAAGGCUGAGGAGAAGGAGCCCAUUGAAACACAGCAGAAUGGUGACAAAGAGGAAGAUGAGGAGGGGAAGAAGGAGGACAGGAAUGGGAAGUUCAAAUUCAUGUUCAACAUUGCGGACGGGGGCUUCACAGAGCUACACACGCUGUGGCAGAACGAGGAACGUGCCGCUGUGUCCUCGGGGAAAAUCUAUGACAUCUGGCACCGGCGCCAUGACUACUGGCUGCUGGCGGGCAUCGUGACGCACGGCUAUGCCCGCUGGCAGGACAUCCAGAACGACCCGAGGUACAUGAUCCUCAACGAGCCCUUCAAGUCUGAGAUCCACAAGGGCAACUACCUGGAGAUGAAGAACAAGUUCCUGGCCCGCAGGUUCAAGCUGCUAGAGCAGGCACUGGUCAUCGAGGAGCAGCUCCGGAGGGCCGCGUACCUCAACAUGACCCAGGACCCCAACCACCCGGCCAUGGCCCUCAACGCCCGCCUGGCCGAGGUGGAGUGCCUUGCCGAGAGCCACCAGCACCUGUCCAAGGAGUCCCUGGCCGGGAACAAGCCUGCCAACGCCGUCCUGCACAAGGUCCUGAACCAGCUGGAGGAGCUGCUGAGCGACAUGAAGGCGGAUGUGACUCGCCUGCCCUCCAUGCUGUCCCGCAUCCCCCCAGUGGCCGCCCGCCUCCAGAUGUCCGAGCGAAGCAUCCUGAGCCGCCUGACCAACCGAGCCGGUGACCCCACCAUCCAGCAGGGCGCUUUCGGCUCAGCCCAGAUGUACAACAACAACUUUGGGCCCAACUUCCGGGGCCCUGGACCGGGAGGGAUUGUCAACUACAACCAGAUGCCCCUGGGGCCCUAUGUGACCGGUAGGUGCCCGUCAGCUUCCGGGCAGCAUGUGCAGGGGCGCCCGCGGGGCCCCGGCCUGCCCCCCGCCGCCCCGGGCAAGCCAAGCUUCCCUCUCUCUGUGACAGAUGUCUAGCCGUCCCCGAGACUUCCCUCUGGCGCAGCGCUCGUUUCCAGCAGAGCCGCACCUGCCGGGGCCCCUGCCCGACCCCCACAGGAGAGAAAAGCUGCCGCCUUUCUAGAGCCGAGCCACCGAGGACAGAAAGGGAAACCGAGGGAUGCCAUCACGCGGGGACGAGGCCCAGCCUGGCUGGGCCCGACCCAGAAGUGCCACCCAAUCCCAAUCCAAGUGUUCCGCACGGCGUCACCCCACACCCCACCGGGACGCGGCCUCGGCCGCCUCUGCCAGGACGACCUUCUAGAGAUUUCCUUCCUUUGUUCGUCUUCUGCACUUUCCUGUUGAAGACUUGCCCGGGUUUGUCUUGAUAAAAGUUGUGUGGCAUGUGGAGGAGUCUGACCAGCAGCACUUCCGCCCCCUCUUCCCAUGGGCUCCAGACUGGACGGGAAGCUCCUGCCAGCCCCGCCACUGUCCACAGACUCUGCCCGGCUGGGGAGGACGCAGCGCCUGCCCUGGGCGCCCUCGGUGUGACUGCUGGGCUCCGACCCUGGGUCCCCAGUGCCAAGUGGGUCAGGACUGGGGAAGUGCCUGACCUGAGGGCAGAGACCUGGCUAGUGCCCAGGUCAGGCCAGGCCUCUUGUUCUGCCCUUUUCCUGCAGGGCUGGAGACGGCCAGGUGUGCCCUGUCUCCAUGGGGGUGUCAGCAGGUGUCUGUCCCUGGCCCAGCGUGUCUCACAGGCCAGACUGUUGUCCCCAGUGGAGGGACCUGCGUGACCGGUCACAGCAUGUGCUCGGGGAGGGAGGGGAAGGGCCCGCGUGUGUCGGCCUAGGGGCCACCGGAACCUUUGUCCCAGGGCCUCUGCGGGAAGGGGCUGGCCCUCUGCCGGGUGUGACCUGCCUCCCAGCAGGGAGGGUCACAGCCGCAUGGACAGGGGCCAGGAGCGCCUGGUCCUGCUCUGUGCCCUGGGAGGCUCAUCACCCCCACCUCCAGUACAUGCUCCCUGCGCUGUCUCUUGGCCUCAGACCUGGAGGGAGCAGGCCACCCCCUGGAGCCUGGGCUGAUCCCUCCCUGUCCUGUCCCUGGAGGGGCCUCGAUGCCAGCACUUGUGGCUGGGGGGCAGGGUCACUGCUGUCCUGGCUGUGUUCUCUGAUGGUUUGGAGGAAGCUCUGCUCGGAGGCACGGGAUCCACCUGAAGUCCCCUCCUGCCUUCCUGCCUUGUUUCCUGCUAGGAACGCCCGCUGGAAACCUGCCCUCCACCCCCCCACCCCCACCCCCCCCGUGGGGCUGUCAGGGCCCUGAGCCCCCUGUGUCCGAUGCUCCCUCUGGCCCAACCUCGGCCUGGAAGGGAUUUCUGAGCUGUGAGCAGAGAGGGGCCUUCCUGGCUUGGAUUCUGGGGACAGAAUCCUGUCUGAGGGAGAGGAGGGCCAGGCCAGGAUUUGGGGGUGUCUUGGGGACACAGGGCGAUUGGCCAGCCCUCCCGGAGCCCAGAUGUCCUCAUCUGUAAAUGGCUCUCCUUGAACCCCUGGAGGGCUGGACCCCCAAGGCCGCCUGACCCUGGGCAGCGUGGAGGGCCGCCGGCACGUGGCACACAGGUGUCUAGGACACCCGUGUGGCAGCAGCUGACCUUGCCCUCUGGGCGGGGCAGGGUCAUUCCUGUCCCCUGAGGUUCAUCCAGGGCUGUGCGCGCACAUCUGGUCCUCUAGUCCCCGCCUCCUUGCAAAGGCUCCUGGCUGAGGCCACGGGCAGGGUGACCGCCACAAGCCCCCACCCAGGGCCCUGGGACUCUCCCCUCCUAGACAGGGGGCCAGCCCUGAGGCUGGCCUUGUGGGGACACAGCGGACGGGUCCUGAGCCUCAGGUCGGAAGGCGUCAUGAUGCAGGACAGGAGUCUGCGUCUCACUGCCCCUUUCUGAGGGCGGCGGUCCCCCCCCCCGCCACCCUCGCUCCCCAGGAAGCUUCCCUCUGUCCCUCUGCCUGCCCAUUCCAAGGCCUCGCCAGGCCGCUCUCUGCCCUUCUUCUCCACCAGCCGGAGCCGGGCACCCACUCAUGUUCGGCCGGGCCCCUGGCACUGCCUGGUCCAGGAAGGGCUCAGCUUCCCACGGCCAGCACCUGGGAGGCUGGGGACAGGGGGCUGCGGGUGGCUGGGGAGCGGGUUUCUGGUUGACUGGAUGGAGAGGUAAAAGGAUCCUGAGAAUGUGUUCUUGGUUUAGCACGUCUCUCUUGCCGGAAGUCAUGGUGGUGGUGGAGGGGGGAGCGGGGCGUCCACUGUCUUUGGCAUCUUCAGGCUGCGUUGGGUUUUUGCUGCUGGCAGAACGAGGGUCGUCCUGUGGCAACCAAAUCCCAAAGUGCCAGCCCGUAUUUUUAUUUCCCGCCACCUUAUUGUUUAGACCAGUGCCGCGUAGGCUUUCUGUUGAACCACUUUUGGGCCGCGGUCUCGGAAACCACCGCCUGCUGCUGGCUCCCAGGGGACCAGGGGAAUUUGGGGGGUGGGACUGUGUCUGGGGGCGUCCCUCACACACGCCUGCCUGCCACUGAAGUCCUGAGACCCCUGGGAGGAGACCUGUCCUGCAGGCCACCUGCAGAAGCCCCUUUGCUUUCUGCAAGUGUGGUCCUGCCCUGCUGGUGCCCACGGCUGGUGCAGGUGCCCGCCCUCCUGCUUGUGGGGGGGUCCCUUCCCAGGCUCCCCUGGGGACUCCCGGCCCAGGUCUGGGGCCAGCCGGGUCUUGCUCCAGGGACACCUGUAGCCCUUGCUCCUGGGUGUCGGGUCCCAGGGAAGUUGGGCCGGGGGGUCGUGUGGUGGGUGGGCUCGGGGACCUGUGAGUGUUCCCAGAGCGGGGUGGCAGGAAAGAGUUUGGGUGGGAGGUGGGGCCUGGGGUCUUGGCCUGGCACCCCUCCCCCCACCUGCCGCUUCCCUAUGCUGACCACUGUGUCCGUGGGGGAAGCUGGCUCCCGCCCCAUUUUAUAUUUCUGGAAGUUUACAGGUCGUGGUGCAUCAGCCCAAAGUCAUUGGCUUGUGUUUUGGGAUUUUUUUCUUAGUUUUCAGAUUUUUUUUAAACAAAGUAUUUUUUUAGAUGCGAUAACCCAGAAAGGGCCUGUUGGGUGUGUGUGUGUCCUGAACCCCUGAAACUGAGAUGGGAGCCCGAGUCUCCUGUGGCUGCUCUGUGCCUGGGGUGCGGGGAGGGUCCCGGCGUCCUGCAUUGAGCACGGGAGGAUGGGGGGGGGCAGACCCCCACCCAGGCUGGCGUCUGGCCCAGCUGAGAGCCCCUCACUGGGGACAGCCCCAGGCUUGGUGAGUCGGGAGGGUCCCAGCCGGGGAGCUGGAGCUGGAAGCUGAGGCCCCGUGAGAGGUGACCUGUCCGGCCCCCUGGGAGGAUGUGGGAGGCUCAACAGACUGUAACCGACACCAUCCCUUUUACUUUGUAUUCUGUGUGUGUGUCUUGGUUUUCUGUGUUUUAAUAAAUCCUUUGGGAAAGGAUUGAA